CACCGACCGGAACGCUUUCACUCAACCACCAAAGGCACCUCCUCUUUGUUCAACCCUCAUAGUUGGAAGCACAGCGCGCUACACAGCCCAGUCCGCAUUUCAAGAACGCUACUUCACCACCAAAAUUACGACGCUCCGCAACCCAAACCCACCCCGCGCACACGAGCGACCCCCUCACCUCUGCCCGUACACCCCCGCUUCCAACCGAUACACAACAUGGCGUCCUCAGCCUCAAAGCGCCUGUUCAAGGAAUACCGCAUGCUCUCAAAUGACCCACCAGAAGGCAUAACCGCCGGUCCCGUCAGCGAAGACGACAUGUUCGUGUGGGAAGCGCUGAUCCAAGGCCCAGAAGGCACACCCUUUGAAGGCGGCGUCUUCCCCGCAGAGCUACGGUUCCCGAAAGACUACCCGCUUGCGCCGCCAAAGAUGAAGUUUAUGACGGAGAUGUGGCAUCCAAAUGUAUACCCCAACGGCGAAGUCUGUAUAUCCAUCCUCCACGCCCCCGGCGAAGACCCCAUGCACUACGAACAAGCCUCGGAACGAUGGUCACCCAUACAAAGCGUCGAGAAGAUCCUGAUAAGCGUCAUGAGCAUGUUGGCGGAGCCGAACGAUGAGAGUCCAGCAAAUGUGGAUGCGGCGCGUAUGUGGAGAGAGAAGCGCGACGAGUAUGAAAAGAUUGUACGGACAAAUGUUAGGAAGAGUCUGGGGCUGUGAUGCAUUUGACAUGAGAAUGGAAAUCACGAAUAACGGAUGCAUAGCGUAACAGGAGUCUUUUCGGUGCUGGGUAUUUGUUAGCUAAUAUUCAUAGAAAGACAUGAUGAAUCUAUCAGAAUGAAUACACUACAAGCGACAAG